AUGGAGCUUAAGAAAGCAGAAAAAAUGAUGGAAGAUGUUGAGAAAACUGCACUACAUCUUUCAACUUAUGAUAUCAAAGAGCACAACUUCCAAUCAAAUAAAACAAUAUUAACCAAACUCAAAACAGAGAGGUCAUUAGGUACAUUGACACAGAAAACAUUAAAUAAAGAAUGUCAACCUGUACAAAUAAAGUCUAGACAAUCUUCACAUGAGGGAGAAAUCUGUGUGAAGACAUCAAAAGAUAAAGAUAGAUGCUGUAUAAGAGGAAUAACUCUGCUGACUCCUGAUCUUCUUAUCAUCACUGACCGCAAUAACAAAGCUGUAAAGAUGGUGGAUACCAGCAGUCAAUCUGUGUCUGAUCGACUACAACUAGAUGGUCAACCAUCGGACAUCACCACAAUAACCAGCACUGAACUUGCUGUCACAAUUCCUAUCGUACAAACAAUACAAUUUAUAUCAAUCUCAUCAAACAAACUCAUAAAGAAGCACACUAUGAAGGUUGGUGGAAAAUGUCGUGGUAUAAGCUAUUACCAAGGUAAACUUGUUUUGUCAUUCCUUGUCCCUGCAAAACUUCAAAUCCUUGAUAUGAAUGGCACUAUAUUGAUAACAUUUGAGGGAAAAGAUAUUUUUAAAUGUCCAGAUUAUGUCACAUGUAACAGAAGUUCUAUCUAUGUAUCUGACUCGAGCAUGAAGACAGUGACAAGAAUGAACUGGCAAGGUGAUGUGAUAGGUAGUUAUAGUGGUAUGAGUGAGCCUAGGGGAAUUUCACUGUCUUGUGAUGGCACUGUUUUUGUGUAUGACUGGGUGAGAAGUGUUAUAGAAGAGAUAUCAGGAGACUGUUCUACAGGAAAAGUUGCGUUGGUGAAUCUGAAUACUAUAAAUAAUGUAUGUUGGUGUAGUGAAACAAAGAAGCUGUAUUACAGUUCUUUCAGUUUAAAUGAAAAAAAUAGCAACUGUCUAUACAUUUAUAAACUGUCAUAA